AGAGGCCAGCGGUUUGCCUUCUUCUCUUCCUUUUUCCCGACUCCUCAGCUACCACCACCGCCCCUCUCCCCCUUUCUCUCUCCUCGAGCUUUGCUUGGAUCGCAGCUGGACCUGGACUCCGCGGCCGCGGCCUUUCCCCUCGUCCUGCGCGUCAGCAGCAAACAUCCGAGAUGGAUUUUUUCACUGAGUAUGGUGAGGGAAAUAGAUACAAGAUAGAAGAGGUCAUAGGAAAAGGAAGUUACGGUGUGGUUUGCUCAGCUCUGGAUACUCACACGGGUGACAAAGUUGCUAUCAAGAAGAUAAAUGACAUCUUUGAACAUGUGUCUGAUGCGACACGGAUACUCCGCGAGAUCAAGUUGCUUAGACUCCUGAGGCAUCCGGAUAUUGUGGAAAUAAAACAUAUAUUACUUCCUCCGUCAAGGAGAGAGUUCAAGGAUAUAUAUGUUGUUUUUGAACUCAUGGAGUCUGAUUUGCACCAAGUUAUAAAGGCUAAUGAUGACUUGACUCCAGAACAUUAUCAGUUUUUCUUGUAUCAGCUGCUCCGGGGAUUGAAGUACAUACAUACAGCAAAUGUAUUUCAUCGAGAUCUCAAACCAAAGAAUAUCUUGGCAAAUGCGGAUUGUAAGCUCAAAAUAUGUGAUUUUGGCCUUGCAAGGGUAGCUAUAAGUGAUACUCCAACUGCCAUAUUUUGGACGGACUAUAUUGCAACAAGGUGGUACCGAGCACCUGAACUGUGCGGAUCCUUUUUCUCCAAGUAUACACCAGCGAUAGAUAUAUGGAGUAUCGGCUGUAUAUUUGCAGAACUACUAACUGGAAAACCUCUUUUCCCUGGGAAAAAUGUGGUGCAUCAACUUGAUAUAAUUACAGAUCUCCUGGGGACACCUUCUGCAGAGACAAUAGCUAGGAUUCGAAAUGAGAAGGCCCGGCGCUACUUGAGCAGUAUGAGGCGGAAAAAGACUGUACCAUUUACACAGAAGUUUCCGAAUGCAGACCCACUUGCAUUAAAUUUGUUAGAGAGAAUGCUAGCGUUUGAUCCAAAAGAUCGGCCAAGUGCUGAAGAGGCCCUUGCUGAUCCUUAUUUCAAGAACAUAGCUAGUGUGGAUAGAGAGCCUUCCGCACAGCCCAUUACGAAGCUGGAAUUUGAGUUUGAAAGGCGAAGAAUUACAAAGGAUGACAUAAGGGAACUAAUAUACAGAGAAAUUCUAGAAUAUCAUCCAAACAUGCUGAGGGAAUUCCUUGAGGGGGCUGAGCCAACUGGUUUCAUGUACCCAAGUGCAGUAGAUCAUUUUAAAAAGCAAUUUACAUUCCUUGAGGAGCAUUAUGCCAAGGGAUCAACAGCAGCUCCGCCUGAGAGGCAACACAAUUCAUUACCAAGACCGUCUGUUAUCUAUUCGGAUAACCGGCCACAAAAUGCUGCCAACAUCACUGAUGAUCUUUCUAGGUGCGCAAUCAGAGAUAAUACACAAAAGGCACAGAAAGAUUCUGCUUCAGUUGGGGCAAACAGAAUUCCCCAUGGUGCUGCUGCUGCUGCCGCAAGGCCUGGGAAAGUGGUUGGUUCAGUGCUACGCUAUGGUAACUGUUCAACAUCUGGUACUGAGCAAUAUGAACAGCGAAGGGUUGUCAGAAGCCCGGGAAUCGCUCCAAACGGUGUAACUUCGGGCAGCUCAUACCCCAGAAGAAACAACACCUGCAAGAGCGAAACAGGUGAAGCUGAAAGGAUCGAUACAAACCAAGGUGGGCCACCAAAGCCAUAUGUAGCAAAUAAACUACCUGCUACCGUUGAUGGUCGCAACGGGCACUGGUAGACUAUUGCAACAUACCAGAAAAAACCCUUGUCAUGACGUCAGCAGGGGUUACUCACUCGGAAAUCUAUGUCCACGUUCAAACAUGUCAUCUGUACAGACUUAUAUUAUUUGUCCGGUUUAGAUAUCUGAAAGAACAUAAGACUGCACUCCUAAGUCCUCACGACAAUCCAGUUGUUCCCACUUUGCUGUUAGCUCAAUCCCUGAAUAAUCUGGUACAGAAGAUUACCUACAAUUCGGUAAAUUCAGUUCAACUGUUCGAAAAAGUAUAGUGGAAACUGGAUACUCUGGGGCCUGAAACAAAUGGACAGUUACUGACCUGACUGAUGGUGUUUCUCAAUUUGUUCUCCAGCUGGUGUCUGAUGAAGGGUGAAAGAGCUCAUUGUACACUAUCUAAUGUUGUAACUUGUAAGCUAAACGACUUCAUAGUAUGUUCCUGCUGCUAGUAGUUCAGUCAGUUGUAGUAUUGAAUUAUUGAACGAUUUUAUGUUUCUGAUAAAACAUUUGAGGACUACUCACUAUUGAUAUAUGAUCUGUAAUAUGAACCAUCAAGUAUUCUGAAUGAACAAAAAGCAUAAUUUCUGAGAUUGUA